AUGCCCACGCGCCCGACCUGCCUGUCUCUAUCCGUCCCCAACAAAUUCCAAUCGCUCAUUAGGACACCUGAGGAGUUCGCGGAGGGCCAUGUCCCAGGCGCGAUCAACCUGCCGGUUGCUGUGCAGCCCCCGGGCGGCGGCGCAGGCCAUGACGCCCUGCUGCCAAACGCCUCGUUUGUGGAAGAGGCCAAGAAGAAGUUCCCUGAGAAUGGCUCGAAGAUUGUGCUGGCCUGCGGUGCGGGGCGCCGUGCGGCGCGUGCGGCUGACCUACUGGAGGCCGCCGGCUACGGCGACCUGAAGGUCUUCAAGGCGGGCUGGACGGGCUGGAAGGCCGAGGGGCGCCCUGAGGAGAAGCAGUGA